UAGCCGGUAAUUUUCUCAAACACUAGCAAGCGUUCAAGCCAGAAGCAUCUCUCGUGGGCUCGUUAUUUCUUCCUUGCUUGUGUACUUGUAGUAUUUUUUAAUUUUUCAUUUAAUUGUCACCUGGAGGUUAUAAACGUGUCGGUUUAAUUUUUAGUUGACAUCGUUUUGCUAGUGCGUGUAAUUAAUUGCUCCAUUAUUUUAUUCAAUACUAAACUAUGGAUUUUAUCUGAGUGAUGUGAACCUGUGGCGAAUUUUAAGUGACGUCCGCAAGGCUAUAAGUGAUCUCAUUAAAUGAUAACUGAACUUGGAGAUACGGCAUAAUUUAGUGGAUAUGUCAUAGUGGUUUAUAUUUUUGGAGUCAGUGAUUUUUUUGAAACUACUUUUAGUAUUAUUAUUGAUUUUGUUGAUAGAAUAGUGAGGGGAAUAAUAAUUAGUAUUGGAGAUGUCAGUAGUAAGUGUAAUUAUGUGGCUUUGCCAGAGUAUAAUUUCCCUGUUAAGAGAUUAAUACUCAGGUACUGAAACCCGUCGGACAAUAGGUACUGCAGGUUGGAGAAUAGGGCACUUGUAAUAGUUAUAGAAUUACAAAGCAUACGAUGAUGCCGCUCGCACCGACGCCAAUAGUCCCUGUACCCUCAAAGCCGAAAAUUGGAUUUAGUAUAGAUUCAAUAGUGGGAGGCGGGGGUAGGGAAAAUAGACUUCACGAGCGGGUUGAAAUUGAACGGGAUGGAAGCCCCAUGGAGGUUGUCGAAGGGUCGUCUUCACCCCGACUAAGAAGAGUCGCACGGUCACCUGGUGCCCAUUCCGAAGGGUCAGAUCGUCCGUUGUCUAGAAGCUCAUCUGUCGAAUCCUAUCCGACAUCUAGACUUAAUGGGCACCCACUUAACCAACGUCACCAUAAUCAUCACCAUCACCACCAUCUCCAAGGACUGACUCAUCUAGACUACAGCCGAACUCAGGCAAGGAGUCACAGUGGCGGGUCAACGCCUAACAACAGCCCCAGUCCUCCUCACAGAAUCUCUCAUGGUGAUUCUCCAGUCAGUGGGCAUCCUCAACCUCCUCCAGGUGUCGUAAGACCCAGUCCAAACUACCUCGGGCCCCCGCCUGGGGCAGCGACUGCCGCAGCCGUCGCGGCCGAGCAAAUAAAGUCCCUAUACGGUCUCCAAUCAGGUCAUGGAGCUGGACCUCAAGGCCAGUCUGAGUAUCACACACAGCAGUUUGCAUUGGCAGCCAAUCUAGCAGCAGCUCAGCACUUCCAAGCCUCAAAUUUAGCCGUUGCGCUGCAAGCACAUCACGGUGCAGCACCUCACGGGUCACCUCAUGGUCCAUACCCACAUGGAGCUGCUUCUGGUGGUCCUCAUCCGCCGCCUCAUCCUCAUCAGCCCAGAGACAGCUAUCCAUUAUUCCCGUGGCUGCUUUCUAGACAUGGCCGACUUUUCCCUCACAGGUUUCCUGCAGGUCCAGAUAUACCGGGAUUUCUCCUUCAGCCAUUCAGAAAACCCAAGAGAAUAAGAACAGCAUUUAGUCCGAGCCAGUUAUUAAAACUCGAGCAUGCUUUUGAAAAAAAUCAUUACGUUGUUGGCGCUGAGAGGAAACAACUUGCGCAAGCAUUAUCUUUAACUGAAACACAGGUAAAAGUUUGGUUCCAAAAUCGCAGAACGAAACACAAACGGGUGCAACAGGAAGAAGAGGCCAAAGCACAACAGCAAUCCGGUGGCAACAAUAACACGAACGGCAAUGGAAACAACAACAAAAACACUCAUCAUGUGAGCAAAUGGCAGCAAGAAACCGGCGAUUAUCAUCCCGAAGACGACGAGGACGAGGACUCAGAGCUGAUUGAUCCGAAAGCCGAAGAUUGUUCGAGUGGAUCCGAGGCGUAGCUAGACAUCACUUGUCUCGAUUGAGGCAGAGAAAAAUCACAAGCGGUGACGUGUUGACGUAUCUAAAUAACUUUUAGUUAAAAGCAAGAUUUCAUUGCCCGGCAAUUUUGUGGAGCAACCGAGGGAGUUUUCUGUUAGUUGACUAGGAAUGAAAUAUCCUCGAGCCGGAAGUCUGUGUAAUGGAGCCAUUGUCUGUUGCAAGACUCCCAGAAAAUACAAGACACUAAAUAACCGCGGCUGCGUUCCGCCGGAAACUUGAAAGAAGACUCGUCGCGGAAGAAUGACUUGAUGCAGGGAUGAUUUUAUUUUUAUUUGGCAAGAAAACAUCCCGCGCUACAAUACGCAAUCAACAAAGAUAUGAUUUAUAUAUAUAAAUAUAUGUAUUUUUCAAUUAUUUCUUUGUGACAAAUUUAUUUUUGAAUAAUCGAGUAACAAACUUUGUUCUGAUAUUUAAUUAGCCAUCAAAAUAAUGCCAUACGUGACGUUUUGCGUACCUGUAAAUAGUUAAAGAAAUUAGUGAUUGGAGUAUCGAGUGCCAAACUUUAUAUUUUAAUUAUAAAUAUUUAAGUACUGUAAGACAUUAAGAGUAUUGUGGAUGAUUGAUAAGUAAACCCCAGUGUAAUAAAUAAUUUUAAGGUAUGUAUCUAUAUGUGAAUUUAGAUUUAUUGUCUGAAAAUAAAUAUGAAGAGAGACAAGCACAGUAUUUCCUUGAGUUAUCUUAUUAACGAUACAACUUUAAAUUAUUUAGACAAAAUAUAUGAAAAUAUAUAUUAUAUAUAUUAUGUAGAAUAUGCGUGAAAGUUUUGUAUAUAAUAAUU